CCGUCGCUAGCGACACAGGUUGUAGACUUACGUACUAGGUCCUGGAGCGGCGUCCCAGAGAUCGAGUCAGAUCGAGUGGGAUUUACACAGGAACUUUCUCCAGCCACUCCGCGGGCCAGGCAGCAGGACUUUGUCGCAUUUUCAGUCAGUCUCCCGUUGUUGAUCAGUGUGGUGGUUAUAGGAGAGAGAGAGAUAGAGCUUCCUUCUUUCUCUCUCACUCUCGGGAAACCCGUUUCGCGAGUUGGAAUUUUUUCUGGAGUCUUGGGAACUUUCGCUUUUGCUGGAAUCUUCUUAUAAAGGAAGAUGAGAGUGCUGGACUGGUGGUGGGUGACAAUCCUGCUAGCAACGUUGGCAGUGGCAGCACCAUCUUCGGAAGAAAAUGCUGGUUCGUCCUUGCAAGAGUCCAUUCGUGAGGCGGAGGAAAAGGAGAUGGCAGAAGUGAACAAAAUCCACCACAGAGUAGUUCGGCAGCUUUUAGACGGAUUCAGGAUAGAGAACACCUUUAGAGAUGGCAUCUCGGCACUGGAAAAUGUGGACGACAUGCUUCGCACAACGAUACCCAGCCUGGAUCGUUUCAAUUGCCUGGAAAGGGUUGUGUGUUCUGUCAUGUCAGGUGGGGCUUCUGCAAUUACUGAGAGUCCUGUUUCCCCCAUUGCAUCUGCACUGGGGCAAGCAUUUGAUCCAACGUUCCAGCAAGGAAUUAUACAAAACCCUCAGACAUUUUCACAAGAAUUGCUAAAUAACCCGGCACUUCAGCAACUCUUCUCCCAAGGCCAAGGAACACAAGGAUUACAGGGAUUACAGGGAUUACAGGGACUCUUAUCUCAAAUAUCGUCCACCCAGCAACAAAGCCCUUUACAGAAUCCAGCUCUACAGCAAGGAUUUCCACCUCCAAAUCCUGCAUUCCAGCAAGGCUUUCCACCUCCUAAUGCUGCAUUCCACCCAGGAUUUUCUCAAAAUCCAGCCUUUGGAGCACCGCCCCCACCGCCGCCUCCUCCUCCCCCUCCACCAGGAUUUCAUCCUCAAUUCCAUCCUCAACAGGGUUUCCCAAAUGCUUUCACUAACUUUAGGGAAAACCCUGAAACGGAAGGCACACAAAGAAGGUCUAGCGUUCCAAAGCCUCAAAGACGGAGGCAGCCACCUAAGCGUAGGGAAAGAAAUGGAUUUUUUGAUUUCCUGGGUCGUUUGGGCCUUGGCCGCAGGAAGAAGCGUGAUUUGUUUAGCGAUAUCCUUGGAGGAUUCUCUUCUCAAGGAUUUAUGGGGAUUUUGGAUCAGAUGAUGGACCAGUAUUCAUUUUACCCUUACACCCAUGCUGCCUUCAUGGGUUACACUGGAAGCCCAGACAGAUGCGAGAAACUUUACCCAUCAUGUCCCUCGACGGCUGAGCAACUGGUUGACGUUUUCAACAACAUCCACCGACAUUACCCCAAUGGUAUUCCUUACAAGGAAAGGUUUCCUUGGCCACUCAAUAUACUCCUACCUUAAUAGAAUCAUAAGUGGAGUAAUUGGAAAAUUUGACCUGAAGUUUUAUGUUUUUAGACUACCUUUAUAUAGCUCUGUUGCCAAAAUAGAUGAUAUAAAACUCAUAAUUAUUGUAAUGUUUUAUGCAAUAGCUAUGUUAUGAAAGAAAGAGCUUAAUGUACAUUAUCUCAGUUUUGUAAUAUUUAGCUCCUGCAAUUCUCACUUGUUAAUCUAGAAAGUAGUGUAAAUACGUACCCAUUUUUAUACUUGAAUUUUCAGGCUAUUUAUAAUUAAUGUGUUUGUAUGAAACAUGUUUUAAUUUGUAAAAUAUCAUUUUUUUUCUCCACUUGUGCACAAGUGCAUGACAGCAUAUGAUUAUCAUAAAAUCAUUCUGUCAGUAGCUUUAAUAUUAAUUUAUACUGUGUUAUAUUUAUUGUGUUACUUAUGAAGAUGAAUGCUCAAAUCCCAUGUGCUUUACUAUGCAGCUUCUAUAUAGUAUGUAUUGCAUGUAUUUUUUAAUAAAGCAUCUUUGCUGUUGCUGGUCAUCAGCAAGAAUACAGACAUAUAA